AUGAAAAAGCAAACCUACAAAAAGAAAAGCGGCAAACUUGUACUACAUCAAGAAGAUACCGACUGGGAAGGGUUUGACGAUCAAGAAGACGAUCUCCUCGAAGAGGGUUCCAGGCCUCUCUUUUCUAGGAAAAAAACAAAGAAAAACGCAAUACAUCAAGAGAAGCAUGCAGCCACAGCAAAGGCUAUGAAGAAGAGUCGCAGUGCGAGUAGUAAACAGCAUCAGAAAAAAGGUGGUGUCCGUAAAAAGGUCGAAAGGCUGUUGGAGAGUGACAGCAGCAGUGAGUCUGACGACGGGCAGGAGGAGGCAUUAGACGACCCAAUCAGCGACAAGUCCG